AUGGCAACAUCAACUGGUAAACCACGCUGUAUUACUUGUGGCAAAGAAAAAGCCAUAAUGAAAUGUGGAGGAUGUUCACAAGAUUUUUGUUUUAAUCAUAUAACAGAUCAUCGACAAGAGCUAAGCAAAGCAUUAGAUGAAAUUGAAGUUAAUCGUGAUCUCUUUCGACAAACCCUUACUCAACAAACAAGGGAUCCGAAAAAACAUGCAUUGAUUCAACAAGUUGAUCAGUGGGAACGUGAUUCAAUCAAUGACAUUCGAAAAACAGCAGAAGAAGCCAGACAGCUAUUACUAGCACACACUGCUGAAUAUUUAAAUGAAAUAGAAAUUAAACUAAAUAAAUUGACUAACCAACUGAGAGAAAGUCGUCAAGAAAAUGAUUUUUACGAAACAGAUUUACGUCAAUGGAGUGAAGAAUUAACACGACUAACGAACGAACUCCAUAAACCAGCAAAUAUUAAUCUUCGACAAGAUACGCCACUUAUCAAUAAAAUUUCUGUCAAUGUAAUAUCGGUAUCAAUUAACAAUAAGAACUUAUGUUUACUUGCAGCACAAUUAUGUAUUCCAAAUAUUGGUAUCAAUGCGAAAUGGAAACCCAAUGGUAUCACCGUAGCUGGUGGAAAUGGGGCAGGCGACGGAGUCAACCAACUCAGUAGCCCAUUAGGUUUGUACAUUGAUGAUGACGAAAGUGUUUAUGUUGUGGACCGUUACAAUUAUCGUAUUGUGAAAUGGAAGAGUGGUGCAACAAGUGGUGAAGUAGUUGCUGGUGGAAAUGGAAACGGUCAACGAAAUGAUCAAUUGAGUGAUCCCAAAGAUGUGGUUGUUGACAAAGAGAAUGACUCGUUUAUCAUCUCUGAUCAGGACAACCACCGAGUGGUGCGAUGGUCUCGUCGAAAUGGUAAAAGUGUACAAACCAUCAUCUCAAAUGUUAACUGCUACGGCUUGACACUGGAUGAUGAAGGAUAUCUUUAUGUUUGUGACGCCAGUAAACAUGAAGUGAGACGAUGGAAAAUAGGAAAUACCAUUGGAACAGUAGUAGCAGGUGGAAAUGGUCAAGGUAAUAGUCUUAAUCAGCUCAAUCAUCCCUACUACAUCGUCGUCGAUCAGGAUCAUUCAGUAUACGUAUCAGAUCAAAACAAUAAUAGGGUGAUGAAAUGGAUAAAAGAUGCAAAAGAAGGCAUUGUUGUUGCUGGUGGACAAGGUGCAGGAAGCACUCUGACACAAUUGUCUAGUCCUCGUGGAGUGGUCGUCGAUCAAUCGGGUGCUGUCUAUGUGGCAGAUUGCGGUAAUCAUCGAGUGAUACGUUGGUCCAAAGGGGCCACGCAAGGUACUGUUGUCGUUGGUGAAAAUGCAUACAAAAGACAAUCAAAUCAGCUCCAAAAUCCUUGGGGUUUGUCAUUUGAUCGGCAUGGCAAUCUUUAUGUUGCUGACUAUAGAAAUCAUCGAAUUCAAAAAUUUAAUAUCGAUUCCAGUUAGAAAACCGAUCAAUUGAAACUCGACCGCGAUAAACCAUCAUUUUUUUGGUAAACAUCUCUUUCUCUUAACUAAUCAGUUUCAAAAUAUAUUCUACCAAGUAUUAUAAAACGUUGAUCAGGGCACAGACAAUGCUCAUUCCAGACAAAAAUAGAGACCCCUGUUAGAAUAGAAGAUUGAGCCCUAUUUUUGAAUAUCGUCGUAUUAUGCACAUAAAAGUAACUUAACCCUUAUAAGCUGGGUGUGGGUAUGGGUGUAGUUGAACGGAGACUAACCGCUACGGUCACACCCACACCCCGACGCACACCCACACCCACACCCACACCCACACCCACACCCACACACCCCACACCCACACCCACACCCACACCCACACCCACACCCACACCCACACCCACACCCACACCCACACCCACACCCACACCCACACCCAGAGACCCCUGUUAGAAUAGAAGAUUGAGCCCUAUUUUUGAAUAUCGUCGUAUUAUGCACAUAAAAGUAACUUAACCCUUAUAAGCUGGGUGUGGGUAUGGGUGUAGUUGAACGGAGACUAACCGCUACGGUC